CAAAAAACGAAUCCUUCAGCUUCACCUGUGCCGCAUAUAAUAAUCCACACCUCUGCAGCCCCCAGACUUCUUUGCUUAUACUCAAUUCAGUUCUCCCAGAUCCAAAACCAUCCAAUACUACACCACAUGGCUUCCGAUCACCCAAACAUGGAUAUCAAAAAAUCUCGAACAGAUCCCAAGCUUCCCUCUCCCAGCAACCCUCAUGCCCGCCGAUCCCGGGUUUUUCGCAAAGCUUACAUCGGCGCAUCCAUGGGAGCAGUCUUAGCCUACGCCAUUUUCGUCGUCUUGUACAUUACUCGGAAUUCUCCAUUACCAUUCUGGAACGCAGCUCCAUCGUUACCAACACUCAUUACUCUUGGGAGCGUGGUCUUCCUAGGAUUCCUGUGCCCUAUCUUCUUUACGCGCGAUGGAUACAAUCUGGUGUGGAUGUACUUUUGUUGUCGGCAGUUGGGCUUGAUGUCUACGGAGGAGUAUAAAGCACAUCUGGAGGGAUAUCUGAAGGAGCGCCCCUAGUGUUAAGGGGGCUGGAGGUGUUAACUUCAUGGAAGUCCCUGUAUUGUCUCGUUAGUUGUACAUUGGAGGAUUUCUGAUUGGAUUCUGUCGUUCUUUAUGGUCAUAACUCAAGUUAGAAACUGUCUUAUCUUUGAUCUGCGGGUUGUAAAAAUGGAA